GGGUACUUCGAAGUUCUAACCGCGGGUCAUGUCGGUGCCACUCGCUUUCUCCCUUCCUUAAUAGUUUUUGAUUUCGCCGAGCUUUUCCAUUUCCUCCGAACCCCAAAUUCCUUUUUCGUUUUCUAAGGAAUUUUAGAAAACAAUGAUAGACAAGUGUUUGGGAGCCCAGAGAUCGCGAAAGAUCCAGAGAACUCUCCGCCAUUGCAAGGUCACAAUCCUCUGCCUGGUGCUCACCGUCGUCGUCCUACGUGGCACGAUCGGGGCCGGACGAUUCGGGACCCCGGAGCAAGACUUCAUCGAGAUCCGCGACCACUUCAACUACCGCUCCUCGCGCAAGCUCGCAGAGCCCCACCGCGUGCUCGAAGAGCUCCAUACGACGCCGUCCGGCGACGACGACCCCAACAACUAUAACACCUUCGACAUCGAUAAACUCUUCAUUGGCGACGAAGAGGAAGACCCGAAGCACGACCCGAAUAAACCCUACAGGCUCGGACCCAAGGUCUCCAACUGGGACAAGAAGAGAUCUAAUUGGCUUAAACAAAACCCGAAUUACCCGAACUUUAUCGGACCCAGUAAGCCCCGGGUCAUGCUCGUGACCGGGUCGUCCCCGAAACCCUGCGAAAACCCGGUGGGUGAUCAUUACCUGUUGAAAUCGAUCAAGAACAAGAUCGAUUACUCUAGGUUACAUGGGAUUGAGGUUUUUUACAAUAUGGCGCUUCUCGACGCUGAAAUGGCUGGGUUCUGGGCCAAGCUCCCGUUAAUUCGGAGGCUACUUUUGGCACACCCAGAAGUAGAAUUUCUGUGGUGGAUGGAUAGCGAUGCUUUGUUCACCGAUAUGUCUUUCGAGGUGCCUUGGGAGAGAUACAAUGACCACAACUUGGUGAUGCAUGGUUGGGGUGAGAUGGUGUAUGAUCAGAGAAACUGGAUUGGACUGAACACUGGGAGUUUCUUGUUGAGGAAUUGCCAGUGGGCAUUGGAUAUUUUGGAUGCCUGGGCACCAAUGGGGCCCAAAGGGAAGGUUAGGGACGAGGCUGGGAAGGUACUGACUAGGGAGCUUAAGGAUAGGCCGGUUUUCGAAGCCGAUGAUCAGUCGGCGAUGGUGUAUUUGUUGGCCAGUCAGAGGGAGAAGUGGGGGGAUAAGGUUUAUCUAGAAAGCGAGUAUUAUUUGCACGGUUAUUGGGGGAUUUUGGUGGAUAGGUUUGAGGAAAUGAUUGAGAAUCAUCGGCCUGGAUUUGGCGAUCAUCGGUGGCCGCUAGUUACGCAUUUUGUGGGGUGCAAGCCGUGUGGCAAGUUCGGGGAUUACCCAGUUGAGAAGUGCUUGAAGCAGAUGGAUAGGGCUUUUAAUUUCGGGGAUAAUCAGAUACUUCAGAUUUAUGGGUUUAGGCAUAAGUCGUUGGCUAGUAGACGGGUUAAGAGAGUGAGGGAUGAGACGAGUAAUCCUCUUGAGGUUAAAGAUGAACUUAGUUUGUCUCAUCCAGUGUUUAAAGCGGUUAAGGUAUCAUCAUCAUCUUAGUUGUGCUGCAUUUUUCACUCCUAUGCUACUAAGUGAUGAGAUAAGAUGGUGCUAUUUUGUUAUAUGUUGUUGCUAUCUGUAUCAUUUGCUAGGUAUGGAGAUGGUAAUAUUCUUUUGUUCAUCUGUGUUGAUAUUAUAAAUCUGUAUGUAUUCUCGAAGGAACAAACAACCUGUUUUAUAGUUUGUGGUUGA